AUGGUUAGACUCGGCUUUCUUCUCGCCUUGGUCGGCGUCGCCUCGGCCGCACCAGCUUCGGAGCCCGUCCAGGCUCGCCAGGCCGCAUGGCCCAACACGCCCUUCCGCGUUGACGGUCGCUGGACCAAGGAUGCCUCGGGCAACACCGUCACCUUUGCCGGCAUCAACUGGCCCGGUCACGGCGAGGUCAUGAUACCCGAGGGUCUGCAGUACCAGAGCAUCGAGUUCAUCGCCUCCAAGAUCAAGAGCAUUGGCAUGAACGCUGUCCGCUUGACCUUUGCCAUCGAGAUGGUUGAUCAGAUCUACGACAAUGGCGGCACUGAUAUCGCUCUCGAAAAGGCCUUUACCGAUGGUCUUGGUCAGGAGAACGGCACCAAGAUCCUGAACCAGUUCCUCGGAAAGAACCCCCAGUUCACGGCCAAGUCAACUCGCCUGGAGGUCUUUGAUGCCGUGGCAGCCGAGCUGGCCCGCCAGCAGAUCCACAUCGUGCUCGACAACCACAUCUCCAAGGGCAAGUGGUGCUGCGGUGCCGACGACGGCAACGCGUUCUGGGGCGACUCGCAGUUCAGCGCCGACCUCUGGGUCCGCGGCCUCGAGUACAUGGCCAAGCACGGCAAGAAGUGGAAGGCGCUGACCUCCAUCUCGCUGCGCAACGAGCCGCGCACGCCCGCCGAGAGCAGCCCGGCCUUCAGCAGCUACAACUGGCAGUCGUGGUACGAUUACAUGAAGCGCGGCGCCAACGCCGUGCACGCCGCCAACGCCGACGUGCUCGUCUUCCUGUCCGGCCUCAACUACGACACGUACAUGACCCCCGUCGUCAGGGGCGAGGCCCUCACGCCCGGCACCACCCGCUUCUCCUUUGACGACUUCCCCAACUGGGGCCGCGACAAGCUCGUCGUCGAGCUGCACAACUACGAGACCAGCCAGAGCAACUGCACCAACCUGCAGAGCAACCUCUACAACAACGGCUUCCAGGCCCUGUCCGACCCCAACGUCACCGCCUUCCCCGUCAUGCUGACAGAGUACGGCUUCAACAUGAUGGACAACAGCUGGCAGGGCGUCUACGCCACCUGCAUCGCCCAGUACAUGCCCGCCCAGAAGGCCAGCUUCUUCAUCUGGGUCGUGGCCGGCAGCUACUACACCAGGCAGGGAACCCAUGACUUUGAGGAGUCCUGGGGCGUCCUGAACCACGACUGGUCCGACUGGAGGAACCCGUCCUACGUGAAGGAGCAGCUCGUUCCCCAAAUCAAGGCUACUCUUGCAUGA